AUGUCAAAUUCAAAUCUGCUUUCAGAAUUCAAAACCAAAGUUAUUGUUGACAAGAUUGCUCAUAUUUUUCUUGUAGGACCUCCUCCUCACUCCAGAAGUUGGGGAUUUCCAGCCAUUCUAUUGAUGAAUGAGCAAAUAAUGGCAUCUAUUCUCAAAGAUUCGUAUGAACCCUAUUCUAAAAUGAAUAACCAAGAGAAGAAGGAGGCAAGAGAUUGGUAUGAAACAUGUGGAGCUAUUGUCAAUAAAAUGAUUGGUAUGAUCGAUUGGGAGGAUUGGGAUGGUCAUUCUGCUGUUGAAUGUGAUGUCUUAUCCUUUGAAAUUGACCAUCCACAUCUGUAUCAACUCGUUGUUGAUGAUAUGAUCAAAAAAGCAUUUUCCAGUCAGAGUGAGGAAGAAAGAGAAGUUGUUAAGAGUACAGUCUUUUCAGAUCCACCAACUUUUGCCUAUUACUUGUCUCAGAAUUUACCUACUCUCAUUGUAAAGCAUGUUCCCACAAAUUAG